AUGGCGUGGUCGACUGCGCGCCCCCCUCCUUUCUUUUUCUUUUCCUGCCUGUGCUCUCUCCUCCUGCUCCCUCUCCUCGCUCUCCUCCCUGACGCGGUGCAGUCGCCAGUUUGGCUGGAGCCAGCUUCGCUCGAGUCAGUCCGAUUGCGGUGCUCCAGGCUGUGCUCUGCGCAGGGUGCACUUUUUUGUGCUGCUCCGGCUGCCGCUCUCCUCUGGGCGCUGCAGGCGGCGGCAGGGCCGAACGCGUUUGAGGGCCAGUUCUUCUGCGUGACCCCCCCCAAACUUCGAGGAGGCGAAAGGAAAAGUUUGAGUGUCGGCCAUCGCGUCGGCCGCUGCGUCGGCCAUCGCGACAGCCCUUGCGUGGUCUUUGUUGGCAUGUCGCCAUUCGCGUCGUGA